AUGACUUUUAAUAAACUUAAUAGACCGGAUUUAAUUAGCAAUUAUUGGGAUAAGAUACAAAAGGAUUUAAAAGAGUACGUUGAAUUGAUCUUACUCACAACUUUAAGAAAAGAAGAAAUUGAAGUUCUUAUUAGAACUCUAGAACAAAAUAAGAAACGACGAACAACACUCCCAUCUAUAUAUUAUCCUAAAUUAAAUGAGAGAACUCACUUCAAAAUAUAUUAUUACUUAGAACUAAUAGAAAUCCCUCAAUAA